AUGAAGAAAUUUGCGGACCGCGGGAGACGGGACGUACAGUUCGCUGUUGGGGAUCUCGUGUUGCUAAAGUUGAGCCCAAAGGUUUGGAAAAGGAUCUCGGCAAAGACAGUCCAUCGUGGACUGAUUCCAAAGUAUGAAGGACCAUUUGAAAUUGUUAGUAAAGUUGGGAACGUAGCCUAUAAACUCAAGCUGCCUGAUCGGUUAAAGGUGCAUCCCACUUUUCAUGUAUCCUAUUUGAAGAAGUAUCAUCCUGAUUUGAUUGAGGCAAGUCGCAAUGUCUCUACUCGAGCACCGCCUACUGUGCGGGACCAUUUCACGAAAGAGAUGGAGAAAAUUCUGGAUCAUAG